UACUGAUUAUAAUCGUGCAUCCACCACCAGAAUGACAUAUGAGACAGAGCUCUGGUAUAAUGUGACAAUGUGUACAAUGCUUUCGACUACUGGGGACAAGGAACCAUGGUGACAGUGACAACAGAGGAAUCUAAAGGCUCUCUCUUCCCCCUACUUCCAUGUUGCAUUCAGGAAAAAACAUUGGAAGUAAUCACUAUCGGCUGUAUUCUUAAAGAUACCAGUCCGGCAGGAAAUCAAAUCAAAAUAAGUGACGCUAGUGGAAAGGAAAUGAAAGCAAUAAGGUAUAGGAGUAAGCUUGACAAGAGUUACAUUGAAAGCAGUCAUCAUACCAUUUCAGCUGAUUCAUGGAACAGUAACAGUUUUACUUGCUCUGUGAAUGAUAAAAAGAAGGAGUUAAAAAACGAAUGCAAAAAUGCAAAGCUGAUGAAACCCUACAUUCAUAUUUUAUUACCAUCUUGUGAUGAUAAAAAUGAAGUGCAGUUAGUUUGCCUCGUUUCAAACUUUCGGCCAGCUGAAGUUUUUGUAACUUGGCUAAGAAAUGGACAAUCUACAGGUAAGACAGCGAGUGUAAUCAACCUUAUGAAGAAUAAUGAUGGAACUUUCUCUGGGAGAAGCGAGUUGAAUGUUACCCGAGGAUACUGGGAUAAGCUGGAUGAAUACACAUGUCAAAUUACACACCAAGGUCAGCUCUACAUGAAGAAUAUAAGCAAAUGUUCAGCAUGCGAAGGGAACUUCUUCCCACCAUUUGUAGACUUGUUUUUACCUUUGUAUGAGGAUUUUAGUAACGGAAAAGGUACAAUCAAGUGUUUUGUUUAUGGUAAUUAUUUGGAUACAAAUGCAAUCUCCCUGAAACUUAAUGAGAAGGUCAUGACCGGUAACAAAAUUGUUGAACCAAAGGAUGGAAAAGAGAAAUAUCUAACAAUUGCUUAUGAAGUCACUGAAGCAGAAUGGAACUCAGCAAACAAGGUGUCUUGUGUGGUCAAACAUCCAUGCUCUAAUAUAGUUGUUGAAAAAAAAGAGAAAACAAUUAAUGCCAAGGACAAAGAGACAAAAAGUCCUACAGUUCAGAUUCUGCUGCCUUCUUGUAAUAAUACUGCAGCAAAGGGUGUAUCUUUAAAUUGCCUUGUUUCUAACUUCCGGCCAGGCUUAGUUUCAGUAGUCUGGAUUCAGAAUGGAUCACCCCUAACUGACAAUAACAAAGGAUUUGAUCUCAUGAAGAACAUAGAUGGAACAUUCUCAGGAAGAAGUAUCCAUGAAGUACCAAGUGAAAGUUGGGAUAAGAACAAUGAAUAUGCAUGUCAGGUUACACACAAAGGGACAAUCUUUAUAGAGAAGAUGAGCAAAUGUACAGCUUGUCAUGGUGUUUCCAUGCGCCCUGUUGUGAACCUAGUGAAAUCUGCUUAUGCAGACAUUGUUGACGGCAAAGGCAAAAUAAUUUGUUCGGUUGUGGGUGUCGAUGUAGACACAGAGCACAUCACUCUGAAAAUUGAUGGAAAGGUGAGCGUUAAGAAGAGUGAUAAUGAAAGAUCUCGUGGAAAUAAUGUAAAUGCAACUUUCAGCAUUACUCUCGUUGAGUGGACGAAGUGGAAAAGUGUGGCGUGUGCGGUCAAGAAUCCUUGUUCUCCAGAGAUUGUUGAGAAAGAGAUAACAAUUGCCGUUCCCAGAAGUGUAUCCGUGCGCGUCUUCCAUUCCCCUGAUUCAUUGGAACAUAAAACUCUUCUCUGCAUUGUUGAUGGUCACAUACACAAAGAAAUAACUAUAACAUGGAAGCAUAAAAAUAAAAAUUUAAAGUGUACCUCCAGCCAUCUAGAAUAUAACGAUGAUGGGACAUUCACUUCAAGCUGCACGUUAACAGUGGAAAAAAAGACAUGGGCCACUGGAUACAUCUACAGUUGUGGAGUCACAGGCGUGGAGUUUAAAGACACUCUCCCGAUAACAGACAUUAGCGCACUAGAUAACUCGGGGAUAAUACCAACAUUAGAGAUACAUAAACCAUACUUCGAAACACUCUUUCUGAAUAGGAGUGGAGACAUUUCUUGCAAAACCAACGUGCCACAUGCAGCCAUUGAAUGGAUGGAAGAUGAAAAAAAGUGGGACGGCACAGUGAAAGCCAUCACAGGUGGUUGGUUGCAGAGCACAACACAAGUCAGUCUCCAGGAUUGGAAAACAAAACGUCUGGCAUGUAAAUUGAAAUCUCCAGGAAACAUCUUACUGAAAAGAACUCAGAGUAUAAACACUUUAUACACCCCAGCAGAGGUGAAACCCCCAAAAGUAUAUCUUCUGCCUCCGUUUCAAGAGAGUGAAGAUUUGGAUAAUAACUUGACAUUGCUUUGUGUAGUUAAGGGCUUUUAUCCACAAGAUCUCUUUGUCACAUGGGAGAUCAAUAAUACCAUGAUACCCCAAGGGUACAAUCCUGGUACCAGUGACAUUAGCUGCCACCAUGAAAAAAAGCAAUGCUCAACUACAAGUCAACUCCUUAUCCUGAGGACAGAGUGGAAUAGUGGGACUACUUACACAUGCUUGGUCGCACAUGUAUCUUCAACAGCAUACACAAGGCAGAACAGAAGCAUCUCUACUGACAAACAUGAGCUAACAGCUUUUGAAUCAGCAAUUGAUAUUAUCAAGCCUUCCUUCAAAGAUCUUUUUCUUGAUAAAUCUGCAAAUGUUUCAUGCAGCACCAGCCAUGAAAAUGCUACAAUACAGUGGAUAUUGGAUGGGGAACGAAUCCCCCCAAACUAUAAUGAAACACUAUUCAAACAUAAUUCGACUUGGUUCCAAAGCACCAUAGACAUCACCCUUGAACAGUGGAAGACAACUUCAAACCUAACGUGCCAGGUUAAAGAUUACAAAGAAGCAGUGAUUGAAUCAAGAGUCAUAUUGCCAUACACCUUAGGAAAGAUGAAAGCACCAGUAGUGCAUUUACUUUCCUCUGCUUCAGACAACGUGGACACUGAAAACAAGACUUUGACUUGUUUAGUAACAGCUUUUUAUCCAGGGGAUCUCUUUGUGAACUGGGAAGUUGUGGGACUUUCAAUUCAACUUGAUGCUCCUGACAUGAGCAAACUUACAUGUGACCAUGAAGCGCAACAAUGCUUGUAUGUCAGUCAACUUUCCAUCCCUAAGGACACUUGGUUCAAAGGAGUGACCUAUGUCUGCCACGUGGCACACAUUACCUUAGAAAAUCCUAUAAAGAUGAACAUAAGUGCUUCUUAUGAUAAAAUGUCCACUAAUGACAUUACUGUUUAUCAUGAUGAAGUGGGUGAGAAUCUCAGUGACACAGAAGAGGCCUCCAGUGUGUGGACCACAGCAUCCACGUUUAUUGCUCUGUUUUUGCUUACUCUGGUAUACAGCAGUUUUGUUACUUUUGUUAAGGUAAAGUAAUCGUAAAGGACAAGUAUCCCAACAUUUACCAAUCCAAUGAUUCAGUAUCAUAACCCCUAAUUCUGCUUUGUGUGUGAUGGAAAUAUAUUCAGAAGAUGUAUGUGAAAACAUGACUAAAUAAAUUACAGAAAGUUGGCAAUUUGAUGACUCAUCAACAUACACCCAAAGAAGGUUGAUGAAUAGGAAACACCUCGCUGAAAAAAUGGAGUUAGAAGUGAGAGCAGAUCUGAGAAGUACCACAAUUAUUGCAGUAGAUAUUUAAUUCUGAUUGAGAGUUAUGGCAAGAAUAAUGAUUCCAAACAUUUCCACUCUGCCCUGGUCUAGUUCAUUCAAAAUUGCAAACAAUCAAAAUUAAAAUGUGAUUUGCCAAGAGAUGAAUAGAAGCAGUUGUAACUUGAAUUUAAUUUUGUUAAACAUCUUGUAAAGCGGAUGAACAAGUUUCCAAAUUGCAAAUUUGUUAUAACCAUUUUCUAAUUUUACUAUCGUUUUCUUCUUAGUAAAUCUUUGUGACUUCUUCAGUCCCAAAUUUUGUAAAUCAUUAUGUAUUGUGAUGGUACAGUUUAUAAUUAGAAUGUUGGACAUUUAUACAGACAAAUGUUUCAUGUGCUAUAAGUUGUAAGAUGCAGGUUUUUAAUGUGACCUAUAUUAUAUCAAAUAUACUAUGUUGAGCUAAAACAUCCAGAGAAGUUAUGCCUAAACAAUUUAUAUUCUACUCUAUCUAGUUUUUAGUUUUACAAAUAUAUGCUAUUUUAGCCAACUGUACACAAUUAACCAUGUCGAUUGUAUUGGCUUGUAUCAUUUCAUUUACUGAAUUUAAUAAUGCUGUAUUGAGCCACUUCUCAAAGACAUAUCGUAUACAAGGGCUUUAUUUUUAUUAUAUCUGAUUGUCAUCAAAUCUACUU